UAUUUCUUAAUUAAAUGGUAGCGACAUUCCAUGCCGGAAACCGCUAUCGGAAACACAUAAUCGAUACCGAUAUAUUAUUGGUAUUCCGUAAAUCGUCGUCCUGAUUUUAGUCGGAAUUAUUGUGUGGUCAAAUUAUGUGACAUCAGUGCGUAUAUUUAUUUACUGUACUAUUAAAAUAUUUGACGACCAUUUGAACAGUUAAAUUUAAUUAAAUUUAUCUGUGAUUUUUGUAUGUGUGUUAAUUACUAUACAUUUUGAAAUUAUCGUAUAUUUUUCUUUUCUAUUUUAUUUUGAAGAAUCAUUUUGGAUAAUAACUGCGUAUCAGGGAAGGGUUCGAAUUAUAAAGGGCUCAUACGGUUUUCGGAAUUUCCAAGUAUUAAAAGGAAAAAAAAAAACAGCAACAACCAAACAACAUAAGUCAUGGGCGACUUUGCGGCACACGUAUUUGAAGGGGCUCUGUUCCUAUGUAUUUCUUUAUGGUGGAUAUUCCAUGUGUUUCGACAAUACAUUCAGACGACACAAUCUGGAAAACAGUACAAAUCAUAUUUGUCAUAUCACGUGACAAUAAAGGGGAAACAAAUACCGUUCGAGUCUCUAUUUUUCAAAACGUUUUGUCCAUUUAUAGGUUUGGUGACAGAUCUUUUUAACGAGCACUGGACGUUUGUUGACAAGGAGAAUCAUUUUAUACACAUCGUAGGUCUUCAGCAUAUAGUUAUACAUUCAUUAUUUGUACUACAUGGCAUAUCAGACCUGAUGGAAUACUAUAAACUACCGGCGAUCAAGGGCAUGAAAUAUUUCACAUUUUCUAUGGCAUUAUUCUGGUUCAGCCUGGAGUUUUACUUCCAUAGUGACCCGAACAUGCACAAACCUCCGUUAGAAAAUGAAUUACAUAGACUUGGAAUUCCUCUGACGGCGUUAGCAGGACUGGCUGUUUUAGUGGAGUGUUACCAUAGGGAUUUGAUUCUGCCACAGAUAUUGCGCUGCCUCUGUACGCUAACCCUUGGGACCUGGUAUAUCUACUUGGCGAACGUGUUGUUUCUACCAACACCAUUUCCAGGUCGUCUUCACAACCCUGCUUGGGAUCAGCAUGAUGAAAGAAACGUUCAUUUUAUCGUAGCAGCGUUUGGUUUACAUCUUAUAUUCAAUAUGAUGUUCAUGAUGACGUCAUUUGUUGUGAUGUCAGUAUGCUACAAGGUGCCCUGUCUCGAGCGAUUGCUCGGUGGUCAGCGGAAAAACUAUCAUUAUUCUUCACUACAGAACUUUGACAACACUGAAACGGGCUUCAUGCCAGAGAAAGAUAGUUUGAUUCUAAAUGAAGUGUAAUAUUAUACACGUAGAUAUAUAUAAAACAAUAUUAGAAAUCUAGAUUUUUAAAAUGUUACAAAAAUAUUUCACGCAAAUUUCUGGAUAGAACUGUCUUAUUAAUGAUAGAGUUAUCUGUAUUGACGAUUUUCUUGGCAUUAAUCUGCAUAUUCAUGAAGAUUAAGGACGUUAUUGUAUCACUCAUCUUUCAUUAAUGAAGAUUAAGAACGUUAUUUUAUCGUUCAUCAUCACCCUUCUGUCUAUUUAUAAAUAUUAAGGACGCUAUUGUAUCACUCAUCUGUUCAUUUAUGAAGAUAAAGGACGCUUUUGUAUUGAUCAUUAUCACUCAUCUGUAUAUUUAUGAAGAUUCAGCACGCUAUUGUAUCACACAUCUGUCCAUUUAUGAAGAUAAAGGACGCUUUUGUAUUGAUCAUUAUCACUCAUCUGUAUAUUUAUGAAGAUUCAGCACGCUAUUGUAUCACUCAUCUGUCCAUUUAUGAAGAUAAAGGACGCUUUUGUAUUGAUCAUUAUCACUCAUCUGUAUAUUUAUGAAGAUUCAGCACGCUAUUGUAUCACUCCUUAUCACUCAUCUGUAUAUUUUAAAAGACGCUGUUGUAUCACUCAUCAUUACUAUAUUUUGGACGAAGAGCUAAUGUCCUCUUUAUUUCAAACCAUCAAAUUUUGUCAUUCAGACGUAGCUUUUGUUAAACCAAAUACAAUAAGGUGAUGUUAUUUAGACCCUGAAAGUGAAAACGAGGAACGACGGAGUACAAUAGUGAUUUGAUAUGGAUAUUUUGGACUCGGAAAAUAUAAUCUUGACAAGAUGGAGAACAACAGCGAUUUGAUAUGGAUUUUUUGGACUCUGGAAAUAAAAUCUAGACAAGAUUUAGAGCAGUAGCGCUGAUUUGAUAAUUGGACUCAAAAAGAAGUCAAACAAAAAUAAAAAAAAUGUCUCUGCAGAGGGGAUAGACCUGUAUUUUUACAUUUUUAAAAAUAUUUAUUAUUCUAAUAGCAUAAUUAAAUUUACAAGAUUGUUUUAUAUAAUGAUUUGUUGUGUACGUGGAUAUAUUUAUUGUAUGAAUGUCAUGGCUUUAUAAUUGGUAUUGUU